CGUCUCCUCUUUUUUCCCUCUUCUCUCUAUCAGAACUUGUUCUCGCAGUGCUGAAUCUUGAGCGGGAAACUAGGGUUUUCCUUGAGAGAAGAAGAAGAAGAAGAACCAAAGGCUCAAAAGAUGCCUAAGAUAAAGACCAACCGUGUCAGAUAUCCAGAGGGCUGGGAGCUGAUUGAGCCCACUCUACGUGAAUUGGAAGCAAAGAUGAGAGAAGCUGAAAAUGACCCACAUGAUGGAAAGAGAAAGUGUGAAGCAUUAUGGCCCAUUUUUAAUAUCGCACAUCAGAAGAGUCGAUAUAUCUAUGAUCUUUUCUACAGAAGGAAGGAUAUUUCCAAGGAGCUGUAUGAGUUCUGUUUGGACCAAGGGUAUGCCGAUCGCAACCUAAUUGCCAAGUGGAAGAAGUCGGGAUAUGAACGCCUAUGCUGCCUGCAAUGCAUCCAGCCACGGGACCACAACUUCGGCACCACUUGCGUAUGUAGAGUUCCCAAGCACCUGAGGGAUGAAAAGGUCAUUGAAUGUGUACAUUGCGGAUGCAAUGGUUGUGCCAGUGGUGACUAAUUCCUACUGUUUGUAAGUAGUUUUCUAUCUCUUUCUAAGCAAUGUAAAACAAAAAGUGCUGAAGAUUGGUCCCUCUUUUCUACGGGCAUUAAUCAUUAUCUAGUAAUUGUAAACUUAAUGAGAGUACAAUCAAAGCCGUAAUCUAGUAUUCAGGUAUUGAACAUUUUAGUAUUUUGAUACCGUUGCUAUCGCUGAAAUAUGAUUUUAGGCCUUCACCAUGACCUACUUGUGAU